AUGGAGCCAUUCCGGCGCUGGGUUGAUCUACCGCUAGAUCUCCUCUGCCGCAUAGGGGAUUGGCUCGACCUCAAGUGGUAUGCCAACGCGCAGGGCGUCUGCACGGCGUGGCGCUACGCGCUCGUGUCGCCGUCCCCUGCGCUCCUCAUUGUUACCGACAGCGACCGCUGGUGCCCCUACACCGCCUCCCUCCCCACGCGGAGGUCCUUCGAGCUCACCACCAUCGUCUCGGGAAGCCGCUGCAUCGGAUCCAGCAACGGCUGGCUCGCACUCUCCGUCAUCGCCUCCAUGUACGAGACCGUCUUCGUGCUCCUCAACCCCUACGAGUACGAGACCCGCUGCGACUGGGUUUCCAAGGUCGUCUUCACCCCGAGCCCCGCCAAGGAUGACUUCGCCGCCGCGAUCUGCGACAUCGACAGGAUCGCGUACGUCACCGCCGGUGCCAAGAGGUGGGCCAUCAUGGAUCCCGUCCGCCUCACCAGCGAGGUCGGGGACCAGCUCACCGACGUCGUCUACACUGUCAAAUCGCCAAGAACGUUCACUAGCGCCAAGAACUUGGUGUUCUACGAGGGCAAUCUGUACCAAGUCUGGAGGAACACAAGCUACGCCGUGACUCUGCAGCUGCCUGCAGGGGGUCAGCGCCGUGUCGCGGAAAAUGAGAUACUGGCGCUGAGGUACUAUCCUCGGCGUCAGCGUCGGCCUUGCUGGGAUGCGGUGAAGGACGUAGGAGGUUACUCACUCUUUGUGGGAAGGAACAAUGCAGUGUCGAUGUAUGCAGAGGGCGUGCCGGGACUGAGGGGCAACUGUGUGUACUGGAUCGACAGGCGUGGUAGGGAUCAGGGCAUGGCCUUUGACAUGGAAUCUGGGAGAUUCGUGCAACCACUAGGCUACAGCUACAAAGAUGACUACAUCAACAUAAUGGUUAUAGUGUCAACUGCUCAAUUCUACUGUUACAAACAGCCUAGAAAACUAGUACCCUAA